UGUGAUAAUGAAGAGGCAGCAGCGGGGGUCUUGGCUGCUCUGUGAUCAGUACAAAAAGCAGUCAACAAGCAAAGCUAGAGCAUCUCCUGCUCUACACCAUCCCCAGGCUGAGCCUCCCUACUACUACUACCUACCCACUGCACGAUGAGACUCCUUCCACUUGGGCUCCUUGUAGGACUGCUGAUCACAGCCUGAUUCAUUCCUAUCUGUCACACUGCAGCUAGAGGAGUGAGACUCGUCCUCCAGCAUCCUGCAAACUUUUCUCUCUUGCUGCUGAUACAGGAUAAAAAGAAGAGCUGACUUGCUUUCUCUACUCAUUGAGCUACUUAUUUCUGCAUGACAAUUGAAUUCAAUCCACCUAGCAAGCAAACUGGAUUUAGCUUUCUCCUGAAAAUCAAUAAUAAUCAAGUAUGCCUCGACCAGGGAAAAACUCCUAUAGUGAUCAGAAGCCACCCUACUCCUACAUCUCCCUGACUGCUAUGGCCAUCCAGAGCUCCACCGAGAAGAUGUUACCCCUAAGUGACAUCUACAAGUUCAUCAUGGACCGCUUCCCCUACUACAGAGAUAACACCCAGAGGUGGCAGAACUCCCUAAGGCACAAUUUAUCAUUCAAUGACUGCUUCAUCAAGAUCCCUAGAAGACCCGACCAGCCUGGCAAAGGUAGUUUUUGGGCACUGCACCCAGACUGUGGGGACAUGUUUGAGAAUGGCAGCUUCUUGAGGAGAAGAAAAAGGUUUAAAGUGCACAGAGCUGAGCACCUGGCCUCCAAAAGUCACCAGAUGAUCCAUUAUUUUCAUCACCAGCAUGGGCAAGCCAAACUGGGGCUGAGUACUUCUGAGAAUGCGGCAGUGGCAGGGAUUGGGAGGUUACCCCACUUUCAGCCAUAUAGCCUCAAUGGGAGCCAGUCCACAGGGUUCAAGCACCCCUUCGCCAUAGAGAACAUCAUUGGCAGAGACUAUAAAGGGGUGAUGAGUGGUGGUCUUCCUUUAGCAUCCAUGAUGCAUCACCUGGGAUACCCAGUGCCCAGUCAACUUAGCAACAUGGUCAGUUCCAUGUGGCCCCACGUUGGCAUGAUGGACCCUAUGGCAGGCAUGACAGUGCCACAAGAGUAUGGACAUUUUGGGAUGCCAAUGAAAACUAUUUGCCAUGGUCCAAGUCAGACUAUCCCAGCUGUGCCUGUCCCAAUAAAACCAACAGCCUCUCUGCCACCAGUAUCCGCAAUCCCAAGCCUGACUGUCAAUCCCUCCAGCAUGUGCAACCCUACAGCUACAGUGGCCGCUUCUAUUCUGGAGCAGUCUGCGUCCACUCACUCGGACAGUAAGAAUAGUAUGUUGCACUCAGUGCUGGUCCAUUCCUAGCUUGCCUCCUGCAGCCCAACACAGGGACCAUCAUGUACUCCAGUGGUCCCCAACCUCAGUCCUCGAGUACCCCCAACAGGACAUGUUUUCAGGAUUUCCUUCUCCUUGCACAGGUGCUUUAACUCGGUGUCAAUGGCUGGAUAUU